ACCGGCCGGCCUGUGCGCUGCUGCGCGAACACUUGGGCCCUUCCUUCCCCAUCCAGUAGAGAAUCCAGAGGCCAGCGGAGGCGGACACCGGCGGCGACCGAAACCUGGGAGCAGGAGCACCGCGGCGGCGAUGAUGGCCGCGGCGAGAAUGUCCUUCGCCUCUUGCGUCCGCACCCACCUCCUCCUGCCCUCCACGCCUUCAUCCCCAAUCCUCGCCAGGACCCCCCGAGUUGGCUUCGGCGGGUUAGCCAAAUCCACCUCGUUCCUGCCCCUGCCAUUCGCUGCAAGAUCCACCAACCAUGCCGCCCUCUUCUGCUCUAGCUCCUCGUCUCCGGCCGAGGCCGUCGUGGCGCCGGCGGCUGUGGCUGCGGAGGAGGAGAAGCGCGAGGUUUCGGCGGGCGAGCUCGCGGGUUUGCUGGACAUCCGCGUGGGCCGCAUCGUGAAGGCGUGGAUGCACCCGGAGGCGGACACGCUGUACGUGGAGGAGGUCGACGUGGGCGAGGAGCAGCCGCGCACCAUCUGCAGCGGCCUCGUCAAGUACCUCUCCCUCGACCAACUCCAGGACAGCAGUGUCAUUGUUCUUGCUAACCUGAAACCAAGGAACAUGCGUGGCAUCAAGUCAAAUGGCAUGCUCAUGUGUGCCUCUGAUGCUUCUCACGAGACUGUUGAGCUGCUCACUCCUCCAGAAGGUUCUGUUCCUGGUGAAAGGGUUUGGUUUGGUACGGACGAUGAAAAGACUCUUCAGUCGGAACCUGCAACAGCAAACCAGGUCCAAAAGAAAAAGAUCUGGGAAGCUGUUCAGCCUCACCUUAAGACAACAGAUAACUGCAUAGUAGUUCUUGGUGAGCAUUCCAUGCGCACCUCGGCAGGCAAAGUUUUCUGCAAAUCCUUGCAGGGUGCAGGAGUGUCAUAAUUCUCAAUUGAAGAACUCGUCUAAUCAUUUUUUGCUGUACCCCAUAUCAUGUAUUUCCCUGAAAAUAAUAUAGUUGCAAUGCAAUCUUCAUUUUCAAAGAAAAUAUUGUCUCUGAGGAUAAACUUACAUUAAUUAAGAUCAUUCGUUGUUUAUGUUAUAACUCAAAA